UGUUCGGCGGCCGCGAUGUUCCGGCGUCCCCCGCGUAACUUUCGUGGCCGGCGGCGUGCAGCGUCCAGCAGCAGUGAGGAGGAGCCCGAGCCCGUCGUCGCCCCGUCACCAGCCCCCGGCCCCAGCUCCUGUUCCGAGCCAGAAGCGGAGCCUGAGAAGGGUGAGGGAGGCCCUGGCAGCGCCGCCGCGUCCCCGGAGGGGGCCAGGGCGCACGCGGAGGAGGGGCCGUUACCCGGAGAGGGGCCGCCGCCCCCAGAAGAGCCUGUGGGCAGCCCCAGGGGCCGUGAGGAGAGCGGAAAGGCAGCAGCUGCUCGCGGGCCGCGCAUCGCCGGAAGCGGGCCCGCGCGGGGGGGAAAAGUGCUGCUGAGUUUCGGUAGUGAGGAGGAGCCAGAAGGUGAAGAAUGCUUUAAAAUUAAAAAGCCGUCCUUCAAUGAAGUAACCUUUAGAGUUCGAAAGGAAAGCCUGCUGCCUGCCCAGACAGAAACUGGAGAAAGCAAAAAAAUCUGUACAUUGGAGCCUAGAACUGGCAGCAUCAAAGGCCCUUAUGAAGAAAGGGAGGUGGAGGAGGAUGAAAGUCAUUCUGCACUAAGUGAGGACUGCAACAGCUCAGACUCUGAAAAUGAGUCCAGCUCUCCACAGAGUUGGAAGGAUCGAUCACCAGGUCACAUCCUCAGUGCAGAUUGUAUAGAGGCUGCUCGGAGGAAACGUCAGAUAGCUAGGAUACAGGAUGAUUAUCUUCCCCUGGAUGUUUCCAACAGUCACGAGGUCUCUCGGAGGAGAAAAGGCUAUGGUUUAGAGAGUGAAGAUGAGUCUGAUACAGAGAAUCUUGAUUUUGUUCCUAAAAUGAAAACUCUUAGGCAGAGGAUGACAGAACACACAGUGUCUGAGGGUGAUGAAUCAAGUGAAGAUGAAGCACAAAUUAAGUGGGAAGUUCAGCAAAUAAAGAAAGCCAUUAAACUCUCUCAGGAAACUUAUGAUGAUACUUCCCUGUAUGAAUCACAAUCAGCUAAAGCAAAAUUUGAUCCCUCUGUUUCUCUGCCGCCUGUGAACUUGGAAAUUGUGAAGAAGCGACUGACUGAAAGGAUAACUUCACUACAGAAUGUGCACCGUGCCCACCAGAGGGAGUAUGAGAAAUACAAGGAGGACAUUGAGAGUUCCAAGGUGACUGUCCAGGUGCUAGAGAAGUCUUCAGAUGCAGCUCUGAAUUACAAAUUCUACAGGUCCAUGAAAACAUAUGUGGAAAACUUGAUAAAUUGUUUGAAUGAAAAGCUGAAAUCCAUUAAUGAGCUAGAAUUGGCUGUACAUGUACUUCUUCAGCAACAAGCCAUGAGAGUAUUGAAACGAAGGCAAGAUGAACUGAAAGAUGAAUCUGCUUAUAUUCAGCAUCUGACAAGUGGGAAUGACAAACCUGGUAAUGAUGGAUUAAAAGGUCAUAAGAAGACACAGGUUCUGGAAAUGUGUGAGCGUCGAAGGACUUGCAGACGGCAAGCAAGAGAGUGUUCAGGAGAAGCUGAUCAUCAUGAAGGCAUGUCAAGUGACGAUGAGCUGACUCCAGCAGAGAUUAAUGAGUUCCAGAAGAGCAAAGAUAACGUUUUAGAGGAUAGUAGGAAGGUCUUUGAAGAUGUACAUGCAGAUUUUUGUGACAUCAGAAAAAUCCUGUUGAAAUUCCAGGAAUGGAAAGAGAAGCUUCCUGACUCUUACUGUGAUGCUUACAUCAGUUUCUGCCUGCCUAAGCUAUUAAAUCCAUUGAUCAGAGUUCAGUUAAUGAAUUGGAAUCCUCUAGAGCAGAAUUUUACAGAGUUGGAAGAGAUGCCCUGGUUCAAAGCUAUAGAAGAAUUCAGCAAUGCCAAAGCCGUAUCAGAAUCAACAAGGGAUGAUGAUCCUGAUCAAGAAGUUUUGCCUAGGGUGAUUGAAAAAACUAUUCUUCCAAAAAUUGCAGCAUUUGUGGAGAGUGUGUGGGAUCCUUUAUCUACUUCACAGACAAAGAAUCUUGUACAGCUUUGCAACAACAUCUUUGUAAAACAAGUCCUGUCAAAAAAUAAGCGCAAUCAAACAAAAGAGGAUUUGAUGAAUGUGGUUAUCCUAAGAAUGAAGAAAUCUGUAGAGGAAGAUGUCUUUAUUCCUCUGUAUCCUAAAAGCACUAUGGAAGACAAGUCAUCACCACAUUCUAAGUUUCAAGACAGGCAGUUUUGGUCAGCUGCUAAGCUGCUCUCCAAUAUUCUUCUUUGGGAUGGACUUGUACAGGAAGAUACCGUACGUGAUUUGGGACUGAGCAAGUUGCUGAAUCGUUACCUUCUUCUGAACCUCUUAAACACACCACCAGGGCCUGAUAAUAUAGUAAAGUGUCAUAAGGUGGUUGCGUGUCUCCCAGAAAGGUGGUUCCAAGAUCUUGAAAGUGGGUCAACCAUCCCUGAAUUACAGAACUUCUGCCAAUACUUGCUCCAGUGUGCCCGUACGCUGCACAAGAAUAACCACAGUGAUGAAACAAAAGAAGUCCUUCUCUUGCUGAUGAAAGUCAAAGCUCUGGGUGUUGUUGAAGGCUUCAUUGAAGAGUAUAAACUUGAACACCUUAAGUCGAUGAUUGGGAAAUAGAAGAUUUUCAAGGUCCAAUACUGCAGCAAGCCCGCUAGUUACACUAAACCAGCUCUGAUAUGAAAUCUAAUUAGUGAAUCCUGCCUACUCAAAUAUGCAGUAGUAAUCACUGUCUUACUGUUAAAUACUUGAGGUCUCUUUUCCAAGUGUCUUCUACUGCCAUCUACUCCUAGGUUAAAGGAGUCCUUUUACAAGUUACAGUUGUCAAAGUAAAGUGAUGAUUUGGGCAUUCUAAGAUGUAUGACAAUGUUUUAUUACUUUAUCCUUUUUGGAAGGAUUCCUGGAAAGAGAGAAAGUGCCUGUACAAUUUGUCACUGCUCACCAGCAGACAACUUCACAAGCUAUUUUCAGUAUUAAUGACUAAAUACCACUCUGACUUGGCAUCAUUGAGCUCUUCUAACCUGUGGUCCAUAGUGAUUUUGGGUAAUGUCCAGCCAUCCCUGGUGAAAUAGAAUUUGUCAUGGUGCGGGGGUUUUGACCAUAACACAGACACAAGGGAAA